GGGCUAAGAAAUCACACUUUUUUUUAUUAUUUUGAUCGUGUAUUCGUCGUUACAAUAACUUAAAUAUAAAAAGCAUUGGUUCGCUAAAAGGACAUAUAUAACGAACUCCUCCGUCACAUCUCAUUUGAAAACCAGAAUGCCUCCUAAACCUGAAUUUGGUGUCUCUUCGGGAACUGGAGGACGAGGAGGAAGUCGUUUCUCAGGGCCCAGACGAUCAACGACACAGUUUCAACGGUAUGGGUUACCAAACAAUGCCGCAACAGAGGCAUCGAAUGUAGAUCAGCGUUUUGAAGACAUAAGCAUAAUGGACGAUCUGCAAUUUCGGUUCGGCUUUGAUAAAUAUCAUGAGGGCCCUGAAAGAUUAGGCUGGUUAAUCAAUAUGCAUGAGACGUUGGUUAAAGAUUCAGACUGGGCAGGAGGAAGGUCAGCUGUGGAUUACUAUUUCAUCAAUGAUAGUGCCCAAACGUUUAAGUCAACUAUACUGUUUAGUCCAUAUUUCUUCAUUGGAUGCAAACCAGGUACAGAAGAUGAGGUCGAAGAUUUUUUAUUCAGACGUUUCGAAGAUACCAUCGAGAAAAUGACUCGAGUGAAGAAAGAGGAUUUGAAACAAAUCAACCAUUUGAUUGGUAACAAACGUACCUACAUAAAGCUCAGCUUCCGAAAUCAAAACGAUUUAUUUGCUGUAAGAAGAAUUCUUCUGCCUGUGGCAAAAAAGAAUAAAGGAAAACUUGAUGCUGUAGACACAUAUGCGGAAGUGAUAAACACUGCAAACAACAUUCACCAAGUUCACUCUAAUCUAGCAGCAAUGUCAGCUCGGAAGAACCCCGAAGAGAUCUUGGAAAAUAUUGUUGAUAUUCGUGAAUAUGAUGUUCCAUACUAUGUCCGUGUAGCAAUUGAUUUAGAUAUCCGUGUGGGUUUAUGGUAUACAGUAAAAGCGCUUGAUGACGGAACAAUAGUUCUGACAAGAGAGAAAGAUUUGGUCCAUCGUCCGGAACCAGUCAUUUUAGCUUUCGAUAUUGAAACAACAAAGUUACCGUUGAAAUUUCCAGAUGUUACAAUCGAUUCAAUUAUGAUGAUCUCUUAUAUGAUUAAUGAAAGGGGGUACUUGAUCACAAACCGUGAUAUAGUCAGCCAAGAUAUCGAAGAUUUUGACUACACACCCAAACCAGAGUUCGAGGGCCCUUUUACAAUUUUCAAUGAAGAUAAUGAAGAGGCUUUACUGCGGCGAUUUUUUGAACACAUUCAGGAAGUAAAACCAACUAUUUUCGUAACCUAUAACGGUGACUUUUUCGAUUGGCCGUUCGUAGAAGGAAGAGCAAAAGCAAAUGGUAUUGAUAUGUAUCAGGAAAUUGGUGUUUAUAAAGAUGAUGAGGAUGAAUACAAAUGUAAACAUGCAUCACAUAUGGAUGCAUUCCGUUGGGUGCAGCGUGAUUCAUACCUACCGCAAGGUAGUCAAAAUUUGAAAGAAGUAACAAAGAAAAAACUAGGUUACAACCCUAUGGAAUUGGAUCCAGAAGAUAUGACCCGAUUUGCAAGUGAACAACCACAGACUUUAGCGCAGUACUCUGUAUCAGAUGCUGUCGCUACAUAUUAUCUGUAUAUGAAAUAUGUUCAUCCUUUUAUUUUCUCCCUUUGCAACAUUAUUCCAUUGGUGCCCGAUGAAGUGCUCAGGAAGGGUACAGGUACAUUGUGUGAAUUAUUACUUAUGGUUGAAGCAUAUCAAGUGGAUGUCAUUAUGCCAAACAAGCAUGUUGAAGAAAUAAACAAGUUUUAUGAAGGUCAUUUGUUGGAAAGUGAAACGUACGUUGGUGGGCAUGUAGAAGCAUUAGAGGCAGGCGUUUUUAGAAGUGAUAUUGAAAGCGAGUUCGCUAUUGAUCCAGCCGUUGCACAGCAAUUGAUCGACCAACUGGAUGAUGCUCUUAAGUUCACAAUCACAGUUGAAGAAAAGAAAAAUCUAGAGGACGUGACAAAUUAUGAUGAGGUUAAAGCACAAAUUCAAAAGCAACUAGAGGAUCUAAGAGACAACAAACGUCGAAAAGAAAAACCACUUAUUUACCAUCUUGAUGUUGCUGCAAUGUACCCUAAUAUCAUUCUAACAAAUCGUUUACAACCUGAUGCUAUGGUUGAUGAAUCUCACUGUGCUAUUUAUGAUCACAGUGUGGACAACAAAGGCUGUGAUCGCAGAAUGAAGUGGAUGUGGCGUGUGGAAUACUUUCCUGCAACAAAAAGUGAAUAUCGUACAAUUGAAAAUCAACUACAACAGGAAACCUUUCCUUCAAAAUACCCAGGUGGCCCUCGACGUAUUUGGAAUUCACUGACAGCAACGGAAAAGUCGUCCCUAUUGCGUUCUCGUUUAACAGAAUUCUGUAAGAAGGUUUACAAAAAAGCCAAAGAAACAAAAACAAUAGAACGUGAAUCUAUUGUGUGUCAGCGAGAGAACCCGUUCUAUAUCGAAACUGUACGAGCUUUCCGUGAUCGUAGAUAUCAAUAUAAGGGCCUACAUAAACAAUGGAAAGCGGAACUUGACAAAGCAGUAAAAGAGGGAUCAGCGACCAAGAUAAACCACGCAAAGAAUAUGAUUGUUCUGUAUGAUUCAUUGCAACUCGCUCACAAAUGUAUUCUUAACUCUUUCUAUGGUUAUGUCAUGAGAAAAGGUGCACGUUGGCAUUCUUUGGAAAUGGCUGGAAUUGUGUGUCAUACCGGUUCUAAUAUCAUUCAAAUGGCUCGUCAACUGGUAGAGGGUGUAGGUCGUCCACUCGAAUUGGAUACGGAUGGUAUUUGGUGUAUUCUACCAGGAUCAUUUCCAGAAAACUACACAAUCACCAUGAAAAAUGGGAAGAAAUUUCGCAUUCAAUAUCCGUGCACUAUGUUGAAUCACUUGGUUCAUGCAAGGUUCACUAACGAUCAAUAUCAAAGACUUGUAAAUCCUGAAACGUUCGAAUAUUCGGUUAGCAAAGAGAACAGUAUUUUCUUCGAAAUCGAUGGCCCUUACCGCGCAAUGAUUUUGCCCUCAUCAACCGAAGAAGAUAAACUACUAAAGAAGCGGUAUGCUGUUUUUGAUGAGGACGGAUCGCUUGCCGAAUUGAAAGGUUUUGAAAUCAAACGUCGUGGUGAACUGAAGUUGAUCAAAAUCUUUCAAGAGGAGAUUUUUAAAGUGUUCUUGGAAGGUUAUACAUUAGAAGAGUGUUAUUCUGCUGUAGCUCGUGUCGCAGAUCGUUGGCUUGACGUCUUAUAUAGUAAAGCUGUGAACUUACAAGACGAAGAAUUAUUCGAGCUUAUUUCGGAAAAUCGAAGUAUGAGUAAGGCGCUUGAAGAUUAUGAAGGCCAAAAGUCCACGUCAAUCAGUACUGCCCGACGUCUCGCAGAAUUUUUGGGUGAUCAAAUGGUGAAAGAUAAGGGCUUAGCUUGUAAAUUCGUUAUUUCAGCUCGUCCUGCGGGUUUACCAGUUUCCGAACGCGCCAUUCCAAUUGCUAUUUUCCAGGCUGAAUCCAGUGUGAAGAAGCAUUAUUUGAGAAAAUGGCUUCAUGAUAACUCCUUACAGACUUUUGACAUCAGAGACAUUCUAGACUGGAACUACUACCUUGAACGUUUUGGUUCUGUAAUUCAAAAACUGAUUACAAUUCCCGCUGCUAUGCAGAAGGUGCGAAAUCCUGUCCCUAGAGUCCAGCAUCCUGAAUGGCUUUUCAAACGUAUUGCAGCUUUAGACGAUAAGUUUAAACAACGUCGAAUUACAGACUCUUUCAAAGCUACCGAUAAACCUUUAGUAGACGCUAUGGACAUAGAUAAUAUUGAAAACAUCAACCCCAAUGAUCCUCCUCCUCCCAACGUUAACGUCUCAGGUAUCAAGCGAAAGCUAAGCAUGAUAGACAUCGACGCACCUUUGCCCGAAGAAGAUCGUUCAGAGAAUAUGCCUGAUUGGAAUAUUGAUUACUCUUCUUGGUUGGCUUUUCAGAAGCGUAAAUGGAAGAGGCAGCGUGUAAUUCGUGACCAUAAGCGACAAUUUGGUGAGACGCCAAAGAAUGUACCAAAUGGAACGCAAAGUGCUGUUGGUUAUUUCAGAAAACAAACAGGCUCUCUGGUGACAAGUGUUUGGCAAGUAAUUCAAAUCAUGGAAACAGACAUUCCUGGUGAAUAUCGUAUGUGGGUUCUAGUUCAAGACCAAAUGUUCAACAUUCGCCUGACAGUACCUAGAACUUUUUACAUAAACAGCAAAGAGGCUGAACCUGAAGCAGUGCAGAAUCAAAGUCCAAAUUGUCAAAUGAUCAAAUGCUCGCGAACAUUACCUCGCUCACAUCCUGUACAUAAUUUAUACCUAAUGUCUAUGCCUGAGACAAUAUAUCGCAAUGAGAUCAGAAAGUUUGCUAAUAUUUUCAAUCAUCCAACAACUGAAGGUGUCUAUGAAACUCAGGUUCCACUCCUCGUUCGUGCUAUUUUACAGCUUGGUACUAGUUGUCAAUAUGUAAGACGUAAAGAUGCGCCGACUCGCCGGCUAGAAGAUCAGUUCGUACUAGACGAAUUAUCUCAACGGCCUGAGUUAGUUAACCAAUAUAUGUGCAAUCCAAAACUUUUCGGUUAUAUUUAUUUAUAUCACUCUCAAAUUGGUAACCGACAUUUCUUCACAUUGAUGGGUGGUUCAAUACCCACCGGGCAAGUGUUCAUCGUAGGAUUAUCAAAAAGCAACCAGCAAGUACCGAACAUUUCCCGGAUUUACAAAGAAAGAUACCAGGAGCUUUACGGAGAAGAAGGUCCAUUAAGCUCUACCGUUGACAUACCUAGAUCUGCAAACUUCGAGAUAAAUUAUUGCUCCUCAGAGACGGACGCUUAUAAAGUUAUCAACAAGACCCUUUCAAAAUAUUUAGACGACAAACGCGGUAAAACUAUUUUAACACUUUGCUCGCCGCGCUCCACCUCUUCUUUGAUCCAAAAAAUGCGAAUUUUGAAUAUGUUACCAUUCGUCAGGCUUCCAUAUACGCAAGCCAACAAUACUUUCGAUGCUCUUAAUUGGAUUCAACCUGUCAUUCAUCGUAUGCUUACCUAUUAUUUGGAACUUGGUGGUUGGAUUGACGAAAAGAUAUCACAGGCUCAAUAUGCAAAUAUUCCAUUCUGUAAUAUACCAAAUGAUCCUUAUUUAUUCAUGUCAGAUAUAAUGUUUGCAAGAAAAUUGAUGCAAAAUGAUAUGGUCUUAUGGUGGUCUGCCAGUCCGAUGCCUGAUCUCGGUGGACGUGAAGAGGAUGAGUCUUUGGCUGUAACAAGUGAGCUUGUCAACACAGAGCUUAAUGAACCUGGGGCUUAUGAAACUAUAUGUAUGGAGAUGGAUAUAGGUCGCCUUUGUUUAAAUACAUUAAUAGAAGUAAAUGUCAUUAAUGAGAUUGAAGGCAUGGCGAGCGGUUUCGCAGGCUUUGACAGUUCAAAUCACACAGUUGAGGAUUAUGCUAGUGGCGCAGUGAACACAAUGAUGGCCUUCGGGGAUGGUAUGAUUUCAAACAAAACCUUUUCUAUGCUACGUUCUGUUAUUCAAUCGUGGGUGCACCAAUCGUCUGACGAAAAACUGGAGCAAUUUGCGAAACAAAUGACUGGAAAUCUUCAUCGAUGGCUACUUAGCCAUAACUCACAUAUGUAUGAUCCCUCUCGACAAAGAGACGCUAAACGCUGCGAGAAGUUAUUUUGAAUAUCUACAAAAAACGGUUAAGCAAAAGCAAGUCUUCGAAAUGUUAGAAUUGAAGCCGACCGCAUACUGGAAUGUUCUACUAUGGAUGGAUGAGAAAAACUGUGGAUAUGUUCACAAAUUAU